GUACGGGGUAAGGGUGACGGGGGUGGAGCCUCGCGCGCUAGUCGUCCUCGAGAGUGGAUUUUCUUCUUACACAUACUGGGAUUCAAUCAGCCGCCGUGUGCUCACAUCUAAAAGGUACCAGAAAAACCAUGAAGAUUUGGACAUCGGAACACAUUUUCAACCAUCCAUGGGAAACCGUGACCAAUGCUGCUAUGCAGAAGUACCCAAACCCCAUGAAUCCCAGUGUCAUUGGUGUUGAUGUUUUGGACCGAUCUAUUGACACGCAAGGUCGUCUACACAGUAAAAGACUUCUCAGCACAGAGUGGGGCCUCCCAUCUAUAGUGAAAUCUAUCAUUGGUAACUCACGAACAUGCACUUAUGUUCAAGAGCAUUCAGUCGUGGAUCCUAAAGAGAAGACCCUUGAACUUCAGUCUACUAAUAUUACUUUAACAAACUUGGUUUCUGUGGAUGAGAAGUUAACAUACAAACCUCAUCCAGAAGAUCCAGAAAAAACUAUAUUGACACAGGAAGCUAUCAUCUCAGUAAAAGGAGUAAGUCUAAGCAGCUACUUGGAGGGAGUUAUGGCUAGCACCAUAUCUACUAAUGCUGGAAAGGGCCGUGAAGCAAUGGAGUGGGUAAUAAGACGUUUGAAUUCUGAAAUUGAAGAACUGGCAGCCACAGCCCGUGGAACCAUACGGUCUCCAAUGGCAGCAGCCACAGUCACAGAUCAGUGACCCCAAACCACUUCCCAGAAUCUGUGUCAAACUGUAUCUCCAUAUAUUCUUCUUCCUUUAUGACAGUUCGGUGCUUGAUGGUGCUACGGAUAUUUCAUUUAAGGUUAUCUUUACCUUUAAAUAUAACCAAUUACACUGUGGCUGCCCUUUGGCAGGACCACUCUGAAAACUUGCUCAGGGACAUAUUUAAAUCAAACCCUUGUAGAUGUAGUGUUGAUAAAGAGGAAAGGAAAGCACAGCGUGCACUAACAGUCAAAAUGUGCCAGUUAACAAGCUGAAGGAAACCCAUUGGUCUUUGGCUAUAAAAGCACCUUUGGCCAUAUGUGGUUUAAUCUGGAAGACGACCUUAUAAUGCCAGCAGAACUUUUCUAUGACAGACAUGCUUUCCUGAUGUGUGAGUACUGUAUGUGAUUGUGAGUCAACUAGAAGACGCUGUUUGUAAAUAGUGAUGAAAUGUAUUCCAGCAUCACUGAAUGUAUUUAUUAUUAUUUUGUAGACCUUUCUUUACGUUAAUUCACAUGGGACCUCAAGAAACUCUGCACAGAUGCCUGGCUGAAACUUAUCUUAUGUAAAAUGAAGGGAUCCGUACCUCUGCAAUAGUCUUGUUGAAUACGACUUUCUUAGAUGUUUCCUCAUUGUUUGUCAAGUUUGUGUAAUUGUAGCAAACUUAUAUGAAAAUAGGUUCUCUUAUUCAACAUGCUCUUACAGUGUAAGUCAUUUAUACAGUUAUUUGCACUAAAAUAUGUAACAAAAACUGCUGCUACACAUGGUGAAAGACAUGUUGAUAUCACUAUUGUGAUUGUUGUUACAGUUACAUUUAAGAAAGUCUUUUGUGCAGGACAUCGUUGUAGUACUUAUGCCAUUAGUUUCUUUAAAUUUUAUUGUGUACUAUUUAUUUAGACCUAUGAUUUGUUUUGAAUGAGUAAUAUAGUAUUGGUAUUUUGAAGAUAUUUGCAUAUUUCAUGCAUAUUUUCAGGUUAUAACAAAAAUUAUCUUGCAAUAAAACAAACUUGUCGUG